AUGCACGCGACAUUACGGUAUGUUAAACUCCGUCGACUGAGAAUCUUCUUCUGCGGCAAGUACGGUACUGGAAAGUCCAAUCUGAUUCGAGUUAUUCUUGGCGACGAGUUCCAAUCCAAUAAAGACAGCACAGAAGGCGUGGACGUCAGGCGAACCCUUGCUACUCUGCCAGCCAACGACAGUCAGGAAGAUGUCGCACUGCUACCGAAGUUCAGUUGCAUCCAAAAAAAUGAAUUGUCUGCACAGCUCAUGACUGCAGCUACUCAGCAUCAGCAGCAGCAGCGGCAGCAGCAACUUGUUGGUGGCAUUAAACCAGGGGACGAAGCAGCCUUUGGUGGAUCGUCAGCUGCGGGUUUAGAAGCAGCCGCGGCUGAAGCCAGCAACUCCAGCACCACACAGGAAGACAUCAGUGUGUCAGCUAUCCAGAUCAGCAAUGACAGCAGUCAUACUCCUGAUGGUGACUCUCACAUGGACAUGUCCCACAAUCAGGAAGAUAGAACUAACAAGUUGCCAUGGUCACCAGGCAUUCUUGAUGGCAUUGCUGACGAUAUCAUGGAAGAACUGCAACAAAUACGGACCGAAGAGGAUCAAACCGAACGAACCAGUGUUGAGUUUUGGGACUGUGGUGGUCAGCUAGCAAUGGCAACGCAACAGAGCAUCUGCCUUGCUUCAGGGCGUGCAAUGUUCGUGAUCACGUUCGAUGCCAGCAAAGACCUGUGCGACAAAGUGGACACUGAAGUUUUCCGCUAUGACAAAGGAAAGUCUGUCUCCAUCGAGCCAUUGUUUCCCGGAAUGACUCAUGAAGAUUUCCUGCUGAUGUGGCUAUCCACUGUGUCUUUGCGCAUGCAGCAGAGUCCAGCCAGCACCAACCCAAACCCGGAGGCAGCAAAAACCACAAGCGUGCACACCGCACACCAGUCAAGAACUGGAACGGAUCUACGGAAGACAAAGCCAAAGGUGUUCCUCGUUGCAACCCACAUAGAUUUGGUCGACGAUGUCGAGGAGAAAAAGAAGGAAAUAAUUGCUGUUGUCAAGGGCAUUUCAAAGCGUUUGAAUUCCGCUCACCUUGAACUGGUUGGACCAUACUUUGUAAGCAACAAACAACCCGGACAUCCCGCGUCGGAGAUGAGCACAUUCCUCGAGGACUUGACUGAAGACAUCUGCCUGUUUGAGCCUGACAUGAUUCCCCUCAACCAGAUGAAGCUGGAGAAAGCAAUUACCAGGCUUCAAGUAGCAGCUACAGCAAAGCAGCAGCAAACACCAAGGCCAAACCAAAUGCCGCCGGAUCUACGCAUGCAUGCAACCUUUGCAGAGCUCAAGGAGCUGGCAAAGUUCAUGUCAAAUGGGUCUAUGUCAGACAAGGAGAUCCGUGCUGCUUUGUCUUACUAUCACCACAUUGGUGUUGUGAUUUGCAGCGACUGGCAAGAUCCUACUGCUGAAAGUCUUGUCUUUCUCAACGUGGACUGGUUGCUACAGCUAUUCGUGCAACUGGUUGUCCUCUCCUAUGAUCGGGACAACAGCGGCCGUCGUCUCCUGGGUCGUGUAGGAGAAAUCGAGGCUCUGCAGGAAGAGGGACGGAUGUCAACUUCACUUCUGACGGCAGUCUGGAAACUGGAUCAAUGCGUUCAACAGUCACUCAUGGAAAUCAUGUGUCAUUUUGGCCUAGCUUCUGAGAUAUCAGCCGUCAAGCCAACCGAGCACAUGUAUCUUCUUCCAUUUUGCAUCAGUGAGCGAGGUAGAGCGAAGACUCUUCCAGCCAAUUUGCAGUACAGUCCACCUCUUCUGGUGAUGAAGUUUUCAUGUGCUUUCUUCCCACCGGCCGUCUUCAGUCGCAUGGCAAUCUACUGUGUAUCAAACAAGUCGUAUGAGGGCAUCCGCAACCCUGUUGUUGAAUACGCAGCUAUCUCGUUCAAGUUUGGCCGUCAGCACCAUGUCCGUAUCUCCUGGUUUCCUAUUGGACUGCUGGUGGAAGUGAAGUCAUCGUCCAAAUCAAAGGAGAAGGUGAUUGCCGCCACCCAUCAGCUGCUGGACGUGAUCAAUGAUUCCCUUAGCAGCCUGAAAGACCAGGGCUUUGUUGGUCUUGAGUGGACGCAAUGCUUCCAAUGCCAGCGCUGCAUAUCCAAUGUCGUCGAUGAAGAUGAUGAUGGCGGAGAAUCUGGGCACAAUAGUCGACGGUCAACGUCUGGGCGAGCCGUAACCUCAUCUUGUCAGUUACGGAGGGACAUCGGCUUUAUCGAGCUGUCUGGAUAUGAACUGCUGGACUACGCUGAAAUGGAAGACGACGACGCUGAGGAGUUGCAUAAGUGCGGACGCUGUAAAGAGUCUACGACAUUGCCUUGUGAUUACAUUCAUUACUGGAUCAGAAGCAAUAGCAGCAGUUCCAGCUAUGCCGCUAGCAGCAACAGUACCGCCACCAGAAGCCACAGCAGCAGCAGCAGCAGCAACAGCAGAUGCCACAGCAGCAGCAGACGCCACAGCAGCAGCAGCAGUAGCAGCAGACGCCACAGCAGCAGACGCCACAGCAGCAGGCGCCAUAGCAGCAGCCACGGUAGCAGAAGCAGCAGAAGCAGCAAGUAUAACAGCCGCGCUGCAGAGAGUGUAAGCACUGAUGCGGUCGCCUGUGAUUUAUCAGAAUUGAGCCAUGGUCGUGGUGGUGAAGCUAGGCCAGGAGGAUCAGAUGGUGAAUAUUGGUUCAAGUCGCCUAAGUAUGUCAGCGAUAUCCGUCCCUGGCUGUGCGACCUCCCUGCAGCAAACUUGAGAAGGACUCUUGAGAAGCAUGGGCUGUUGACACUGUCUCAGGUGCACACGCUGAUGGAGACUGAGCGGUUACAUGGGAAGGAAAGGCAUAACUGUGAGAUGUUGCUGGAGUCCGUGGAGUCAGCAGGAAAAGAUGGCUUUGUCGACCUCUACAACGCAAUCGAGAAGAGCACAUCCUUGACCCAAUUGUUCAUACGGAUUGGAUUGAAGCGAAUGCGUGAAGCGAUGCCUGAUGAGUAAUGUCGGUAGGAUCGAGGUCUGUGCAAGCCAUCAGCACAACAGCAUCAUCACCCUGCGGUAUUUACUGGCUGUUACCAGUUCCAUGUCUACAUGUGGUUGUGCGUGGGUGUAUCUGUGUGCAAGUGGGUUUCAUUACCUGUUUGCUAGUGUGUGUGUGUGUGUGUGUCUGUGUGUGUAUGUGUGUGUGUGUGUGUGUACGUGUGUGUGUGUGUGUGUGUGUGUGUGUGUCUGUGUGUGUGUGCGCGUGUGUACGUGAAUAGGUGUAUGCACCUAUGCACAUGUACCGAUCCAGCAAUUUCAGUAUGUUUGGUCUGUGCUUUCAUUUUGAAUAAUUGAUCUAUUUCCAUUACACAUGUAUUAAAUUUUGUAUCCUUGAGUCCUUGGUGCUACAUUCCCACCUCUACCCCCCCCCCCCCCCCCCCCCCCUGUGAUGCAUGGUGUUUGCAGGGCUUUUCUCAGGCUCCUGAGUGUUGACCUCCGAAUCAAACCAAGUCAUUAGUGCCUCAUUUCCCGCAUGACAAGUGUGCAUAAUCUUGAGUAGAUACGGCCAUCCUUUGCUUUUUUAAGUUUGUUUCCCUUUGGUUUCGUUACGCUAAGACUGUAACAAAUUUGGAUGACCAAUCUGCAGCAUAAACUAAAUCAUUUUGUUACAGAAAGCGCCAAAACCUCCAUGAUUAGAAGCAGACGGUUUUGGUUCCGACUGCUAGUACAUGAUUACUUUUUUUACUUUUUGUUUUACAUUGCCAGUCACGGCUGCCGUGCAAGAGGGUAGUGCAUCCAGUUCGUGAUGUUGCCUCUGUCACCACCGCUGCUGCAUUCGCUCUAUCUGAAGGUCAUUUUCUGAAAUUCUGUUGCCGGUGUAAUAGGUAUUAUUUAUAAUAGGAACGUACAUCCUCACUAUUCGUAUUUCCCGCUCGUUCCCCUUGGCAAUGAGAGACAAGAAGAGCGCAUGCUCCAGUGAAUCUUUAGUCUUGAGUUGUUCUUGUCCUGUUCACCUUCUCACUCUUGUCUACGUUCUUGUCGAAAUACUUAUUCCAUAUUCAAUACUAUAAACCCUUGUGUUCGGGAAGAGUGAGGGGACUUUGUUUAGCCGGGAGCUAACACCGGUUCGGCUUCACACUUCUCUAUUUCUAGCAGGGAGUAGUACAAUACCGGUAUUGUACUACUCCCUGAUUUCUAGUGUACAUGUACUUCGAAGUAGUAGUCUUACUACAACCUACCGUUUAGUGUAUGCGCUGCAGAGCUCAGCAAGCUUGCUUCAUGCAUCUCUACGCAGUCACACACAGGUCAGUGAUCAGUGUGUUCUUGAGGCGACGCGUUCUUGAGCACUGAGCCCGAGGCCUGUGACCAUGGUGACUUGGUUUCGGUGAUGAUUGCUCACCCAGGUUCCUAUGUAUAUCAGACAGCAAAUCUCAGUCGCAUUUCAAAUUAUUGUUCUUGAAGAAAUUUUUUUGGGAA